CCAACUCCCAUCAUCACAAUUCCCAAGGUCGUGACACAAUGUCUGAACAUUUCGACUCACUUGUAUCUCCCAAAGCAUCUGACUCCGGCCUUCAUAUCCAACUUCACCCUCUAAUCCUACUCACGAUCUCCGAUCACAUCACCCGCCACGCAGCCCGAUGCCAGCAGGGACCCAUAGUCGGAGCGCUGCUGGGCCAGCAGAACGGCCGUGAAAUCACCUUAGAGCAUGCUUUCGAGUGUCUGGUAACGGAAGGGCCGAACGGGGAGGCUCAAAUUCCGGAUAACUGGUUUGUAGAGCGAGUCCAGCAAUUCAAGGACGUGCACAAAGCGCCGGCGCUCGACCUAGUCGGAUGGUGGUCGACCUGCCCAUCCAGCGGCCCCAAUGCAUCCUACCUACCCAUCCACCGCCUGAUCCUCGAGAAGCACAAUGAAUCCGCGGUAUUUCUCGCAUUCCACCCUGCCGAGGUGGCCGGAGCAUCCUCAAAAGGCGGCAAACUGCCUCUCACCAUCUACGAGAGCGUGUACGAAGGAGGCGAGAAUGCCAACACCAAUACCAUGCAAGUCGACAGCGAGGACCAGCCACCAACGUUAAGCAUCAAGUUCCGCGAACUCCCUUACUCCAUCGAGACCGGCGAAGCCGAGAUGAUAGGCAUCGACACCGUCGCACGAACCGCCCGCAACGCAGCCAUCUAUCCCUCGAGCACCAACACAGACCCAUCGCAAAUUAGCAAGGCCAAACAAUCAACCAAGGAACAACAGCAACAACAACAACAAUCAUCAACCGAACCAUCAGCCCUCCUCUCGCCCGAAGAAGAAGAGCUAAUCGCCAGCCUCAACACUCGCCUCAACGCCAUCCGAACCCUCGAAUCCCGAAUCUCACUCAUCAAAUCCUACGUCUCCAGCAUCUCCACCUCCCCCUCCAGCACCAGCAACAGCACCACCACCCAACAACCCACAACAACAACAACAACAACAACCCUCUCCCACCCCAUCCUCCGCAACAUCAACGCCUGCCUCUCCCACCUCUCCCUUCUCACCCCUCCCGCCAAUAGCGCCCUGAACCGUGAAACCCUCGCCCAGGCCAACGACGUCCACCUCGUCGCCCUCCUCGGCCAACUCAGCCAUAGCAUCAGCAACAUGCGGGAACUGGGCAGACGCACCGCCAUCCUGAACAACGCCCGGCGGACCAUGGCCGCGGCCGCGCGGAAAUCCGGCCUGUCUGGCGGCUUGGGCUCUUUGGGUGGGAGCGGUGGUGGUGGGAGUGGCGGUGGUGUGGACCUACAGAUGCGGAUGGCGGGAUUGCAGGGGCGGUAUGGUGGGGAGGAGAUGCUCUACGGGAGAAUAGGGGGCGGCGGGGAUGGGCUAUAGAGUGAUUUUCUGAACGGAUGGAAUGAUGGGGGGGGGGUUCUCUGCCCUCAGCCAUCUGCCCCGGGAACAAUUUCAUGAAGUCGCCCCAUUAUUGUUCCAUCCUUUAAAUACGUAAUGAGAUUAUGGUUGAAAUGUUUCUUUCGUGUAGAUAGAAUGAGGAAUGUCCGGAUUCCUCAUCCUUACGGGCGAAGACACAUCGAGUUUGUGGCAAUAAACCUACAUGCAGAGAUCCUCCAACUCUAUGAGAGGUCGAGAACAUAGACAAAGAGUGCAGACCCACUCCUCUCCAAACCAGAAAACACAAGGACUUCAAGAAAAUCUCAUCAAUCCGCGAUACAAUCAAUAUUUCAUGCCAUGAUC